AUGCCAUCUCUCUUUCCGCCCCCACUCGCACCAAACAUUCCGGAGGCUCCUUCUUUGCUUGUCACGGGCAAAUACCAUCCAUCCGCGCCUAUUCAUUUAGCUCUAUCGUCACACCGUGCUAUUGUACUUUCUGCCUCAAGAUCAGAUCUAGUGUCUGAUUUACAACAGUUCAACGAUGCUUUCUUGAACACAGAAUCUGGUAAAGGUUCUACCUCCGAGUUGUCCUCAAGGAUCGAAAUAUUCUAUCCUCCAAGUCCUGCUCAUCUCUGUUUGCUUCUGUCCCUUUUACGCGUUGCCAAUCCAGAGGUCGACGCGACGGAACACACUCCAGUUCCUCAGAAAACCGUCCAACCUAUACCUCCCAGCACCAUCGUUCUGCAUGAGCUUUCGAGAUAUCUUUGGAAUGAAGAAAACGCCAACACAUCUCGUUCAUCCUGGAUGCUGUCCUCUUACUUGAAUCUUCUCAACCGUCUCUUCCUUUGUAUUUCUAACCUGAAGAAGUCUCCUUUGGAUUUGCCUCCUUCCCUCGUAUUGUUUGAUUCAAAACUGGGGCAACUUAAACUUCUGGAAACCAACGAAAAUGUUCUUUGCGAGUCAUUAACUGUUAUCGAAAGACUGUUUUCGUGCGUAGCCAUAUUCGAAGAAGAUUCAUCAUAUAUUCCAUCCUCCCAGAGUAGUGAAAGGGACACAGAAGAGGGACUUAGAAAGCAAGUACGCUACUAUUGUCCGCAUAAAACCGGCCCAGUUGAGAUCCAAAUUGACCGUUGGACGGAAAUGACCCGCGAUUUUAUACACGGUGAUCGUUUGCCGGAAAGAUGGUUCAAAUGGGAGCAACAAGACCCAUAA